AUGGCUCUCUCCCUGGCUGGCGAGUCGGUCCCCGGAGACGGCGGAGACUCGCUCGGCAUGAGCCCCGCCGGCCUCGCCUCCUACUACCCCUCUUUCCUCCCACCCGCCCAUUACUUCGAGACGGCCCCCAACUUCUUCCAGCCCCUGAAACCCCUGGGCGGGCUGGUUUCCUCCUCGUCGCCUCUGCCUCCCUUCACCUUCAGCAGGGUCCCCGCUUUUGUGAGCGAGCCGCCCCCACCGGGGGCCCCGAAGUCGCUCUCGCCUCCCUACCCGAGCCCCCCGCACAGGGCUGCCCGCAGCCCGGGGGCAGACGGGGCGGUGGGGCAGAGCCACAGGUACCACUUCACCGAGGAGGAGCUCAACGCGGUGCUGUACGGGGCACUCCGGAGCAGCCAGCCCACCGGGAACCUCCACGCCAUCUCGGGGCUCCGGGUGUCCCCCGCCAGCUCGGGUAAGGGGGUAUUGGACGGAGGCGCUGCGGACUCCGCCGCCCCGCUGCUCGACCGGGACUCGCUGCAGCUACCCGAAGGUAGGUGUCCGGGGCGGCCGCGCUGUGCCCGCCCGCGCCGCGCCGCGCUCAGCCCCCUGUCACCCGCAGGGCUCUCCGUGCUGCGGGUGGCCUACGGGGACGUGUCUCAGCUCGGAGUCUUCUGUACGGACCCCAUCCCGAAAGGAGUCCGCUUCGGCCCUUUCCAAGGCAAAGUGGUCAACACGAGCGAGAUCAAGACUUACGACGACAACUCGCUGAUGUGGGAGAUCUUUGAAUACGGUGGUCUGAGCCACUUUAUCGACGGGAAGGGCUCCACUGGCAACUGGAUGUCCCUGGUGAACUGUGCUAGGUUCCCCGAGGAGCAGAAUUUGACGGCUAUCCAGUGCCAGGGACAAAUCUUCUACGAGACCUGCAAGGAAAUCUUCCCGAACCAGGAGCUGCUGGUGUGGUACGGCGAUUGCUACGUGCAAUUUCUGGGCAUCCCAAUCAGCUUGAAGGGCAUGGCAGAGGGAAAGAAACCCCCACAGCACCCCGAAGAAGCCGGGGAGAGCUUCAAGUGUGAGCGCUGCGGCAAAGUUUUUGCCUACAAGUACUACCGGGACAAGCACCUCAAGUACACCCGCUGCGUGGACCAGGGGGACCGCAAAUUUCCUUGUCACCUUUGUGACCGAUCCUUUGAAAAAAGAGACAGGCUGAGGAUCCAUAUUCUCCACGUUCACGAAAAGCACAGACCUCACAAGUGCUCUGUGUGUGGGAAGAGCUUUUCUCAGUCCUCAAGCCUAAACAAACACAUGAGGGUUCACUCUGGAGAGCGCCCCUACAAAUGCGUCUACUGCAACAAGGCAUUCACAGCAUCCAGCAUCCUGCGCACUCACAUCCGCCAGCACUCGGGGGAGAAGCCCUUCAAGUGCAAGCACUGCGGCAAAGCCUUCGCCUCACACGCCGCCCACGACAGCCACGUGCGGCGCACGCACAGCAAGGACAAGGGCUGCGCCUGCUCCGUGUGCGGCCAGCACUUCCCCGAGCAGGAGGAUUGCAACUUCCACAUGAAGGUUCAUGCUGCUCAUUAG